CAAAACCCAAAACCCUCUCUCUCUCUCUCUCUCUCUCUCUCUCGGUGCGUGUAACUGGCCGUCAUCCUCGCUCGUCCCCGUCGACCUCCACCGCGAUUCGGAGCCGUCCGUUCCGCCGCCAUCCGCCAUUCGGCGACCGCUGAAGAACAGCGAGCGAGAUGAUCAAGCGCCGCUUCUUCAAGGUCGACCACGACGACAACGACGGCGGCUCCGACUCUUCCUCGUCGGAUUCGGAGCCGGAGCUCCAGCCGGAAGUCGCGGGAGAAUCGGACGGCGACGACGGCGACGAUGAGGAGGAUGUGGGAGAAGCGGAAGCGAAGGUCGAUCCUGAAUCUCCCUCCUCCUCAUCCGGAUAUGAGAGCGAGGAUAGCUCUGUCAAUGAGGUCGGUGCCGACUCGUCAGGGUUGUCAGUAAAUGAAGAAGAUGACGAAAGUGGAACUCAUUUGCCACUAAUCAAUGACACUCAGCUGUCUUCUAGAGGACGUGAGGAUAGUACAGAUCCAAAGGGAGAGACCCUGGAUGAAAAGGAUCCAAUACCUGCUGAUGCUCUAGAAUAUAUCUUGUGUUCCAAGUCUGUUUACAAGUGCAGGAUAUGCCCAAGAGUUGUCUGUCUGAAGGAAGAAACUUUGAAAACCCAUCUUAAAUCCCAGAAGCAUGCUCGAUCUGAAAAAUUGCUUAAAGAAGGUCGGCUAAAAGCAAUGCUCAACAGUGAUGGGGAAAUUGAGCAUCAGGAGACAGCUGCAGAGAUGCAUGCCCGGGUUGUAGCUAUGGCACAGAAUCUCGGCAAAAGGAAAAACAAAGGGCGCCAGAGGCAGAGAUCGAGGAAAAAGAAAAUGGCGGAUGACUCCAACCUUGGAAAUGCAAGGGAGCCAACCAAAUCUCCUGCCAAGAAACAGCGAAAGAAAUGAGGAAAUUGAGUAUAGAU